CUCACAGCCCCGACAAACAUAAGUCUGUCGGUUUGUGCUGGUAGGCUACGGAAGACAACUGAACAAUACCAGUGCCGAGUGAUUACAUUAACCUGCAGCAGUAACAAACUGAACAGUUUUUCUUUUAAGAUAUUUGGUAGUCCGUCGGUACCUGCUACAUUUGCUCUCUCCUGGUGUUGAAAGACUUUAACUGGCGGUGCUCAAAUUUUCGGCAGAAUUAAAUAACGGAUAAGUAAAGCGAAAUAACGGACACGGUUUUGGUGAAAUGUGUGGUUAUUCAUACUGUCUUUUGAGGAGGGUGUCCAACACAGAGCUGUAGUUUCUCUUCAAGAGGCAAGGAAUGCAAUCUGAGCAUCAAUGUUUCACUGGGGCAAGUGGAAGAAGAGGAUGGGAGCCAAUAGUUCUUCAAAGAGACCAGUUUUCGAUGAAAAGGAAGAUGUGAACUUUGACCACUUCCAGAUAUUGCGGGCCAUUGGGAAAGGGAGCUUUGGAAAGGUAUGCAUUGUGCAAAAGAGGGACACGGAGAAGAUGUACGCCAUGAAGUACAUGAACAAACAGCAGUGCAUAGAGAGAGAUGAGGUCCGAAACGUCUUUAGAGAGCUUGAGAUCCUACAGGAAAUUGAACAUGUUUUUUUAGUAAAUCUCUGGUACUCAUUCCAGGAUGAGGAGGACAUGUUCAUGGUGGUGGACCUCCUGCUGGGAGGAGACCUCCGCUACCACCUGCAGCAGAGUGUCCAGUUCAGCGAGGACGCUGUCAAACUCUACCUUUGUGAGAUGACACUGGCGCUGGACUACCUUCAGAGCCAGCACAUCAUCCAUAGAGAUGUGAAGCCAGACAAUAUCCUGUUGGAUGAGCAAGGUCACGCUCACUUGACAGACUUCAACAUCGCCACAAUUAUAAAGGAUGGAGAGAGAGCCACAGCCUUAGCUGGGACAAAGCCCUACAUGGCCCCAGAGAUCUUCCAGUCCUUUGUAAGUGGAGGAACGGGCUACGCCUUUGAAGUAGACUGGUGGUCACUAGGGGUGACAAUCUUCGAAGUGCUGCGUGGAUGGAGGCCCUAUGAUAUCCACGCCAAUAACUCGGUGGAGUCCCUGAUUCAGCUCUUCAGCACAGUCAGUGUGCAGUACAGCCCAGCUUGGCCCAAGGAUCUGGUUUCCCUCAUGAGGAAGUUACUGACAGUGAACCCAGAGCAUCGUUUCUCCAGCGUGUCUGACAUGCAGACAUCUCCCUACCUCGCUGAUGUCAACUGGGAUGCUGUAUACGAGAAGAAGAUGGAGGCUGGAUUUGUUCCUAAUAAAGGUCGCCUCCACUGCGACCCCACCUUUGAGCUGGAGGAGAUGAUCCUGGAGUCGCGUCCACUUCACAAGAAGAAGAAGAGGCUGGCCAAGAACCGGUCUCGAGACAACAGCAAGGAUUCGCAGUCGGAGAAUGACUACCUACAGGAGUGCCUUGAAGUGGUGCAGCAAGAGUUCAUGAUCUUCAACCGUGAGAGGUUGAAAAAGCGUCAGGAGGAGGGUCAGUCAGAGGCUGGGGGUGACGAUGCCAGUGGAGAUGGGGACAGAGAGGCUGAAGCCGUGGCCACUGACGAUGACGCACCUGAGCCAGACCCCGACCCUGGUCCUGAGCCGGAGCCCGAGUCCUCUUCCAAGCUGAGCAUGUGCGGCUCGGUCUGCUCCUCCCCUGGCAGCUGCUAGCACCACAUCGCCUCACAGUGACGAUCGCAGGUCUCUCUGGCUGCUGCAGUGUUUGUGCCAUGCCGAUAGAUACGUUCUCACCUCUCUCCUGUAUUGUAGCUAGGAGCGGAGGAAAACACACAGCAGGGCGAUUUGAAGCGCAGCAGGACCUAAAAUGGCUCCCACCAUUUCCCUUAUCUCUUUGUUUUGUUUUGUUUGUUUUUUUUGUAGCAUCCUUCCGGUAAGGCAUGAAUGAAGCAGAUUUCCAGAGAGUCCCCACCUACUGUAUGUGUCCACCCUAGAGUAAGCUCUAACUUCUAUGCAAUGUUACAGUAUAGCAUGACAAAUAAAGUAUCACUUAAUAGGAGGUGUUGUUCAGGAGCGGAAACCUCCACGAGCAUGAUGACAUCCCGAGCAAUGGCAGUCCACCGUUUUUUGUGGGGUUGGUGGUUUUGGCGGCGGCGCCUCCCCUCUCAGCCUUCCUGUUCAAAAUCUGAUGGGGACAACUGAAUUAUUCAGCACACGCAGGCACUCAGUUUAUGUUAUUGCUUGUGUCUUCAGUUCACUCUUCCCCUCAGCCUGUCUCAUCUAACGUGUGCCCUAAUUCGGAAAAAUAGUUCUUCAUUCUCUCCUGGAGCGCCUUCCUCCUGUUGCAACACCUCUCUGAGGCACUUUUACAGUAAGCAUUCAUGGCUGUUUUCAGUCAGGCCAAGGCGGUGUGGCUGGAUUCAUGUUGUAAACCUGUUUAAAGUGGUGCCUGAUAAUCAGUAUUUGUUAAUCACAUUGUAGCCAUGGAUGCAUUAUAGGUCAGAAUGCUAGUUUCUUCUUUGUCCAAGCUUUUUUUUAGGAUGACAAGGUACGGUGAUUUAUGGGAAAUCAGUGCAACAAUCAUAAUGAAAGGUUUUGCUUGUCACUGUGUCUGUAAUGGUUACCAAGAUGUAGUAUUUUAGCCCUGUGUUGUGCUCUGAUUCAGAGAGCAUCCAGAAACUCUGCUCUGGAGAAUAAAUACCAAUCAGCAACAAUCACAUCCUUUAAUAAUCUAUUAGAGAGCUGUUUGCUUCACUGGACUCCAUCGUCUCUUUAAGUGCUUGGUUAGUAUAAAGAUCAUCUCCCCGUAGAGUUUGUUUGGGGGCUGUACUUAAACGUGUAGCUGUGCCCUGUUGGAACUUCAAACUGUAUAGACGAACUAGUCGAUAACUGUCAUCGUGAUAGUGGUACAUUUAAGGUGGCACCGUCAAUCUCAGUCUGAACGACUGGGAACAUGUAGCAAAAGUCCACCUUAAAACCCUAAGGCCUAAUAAAAUGAAAAACCAUGUAAAUAGCAUACAGUGUAGGGUAAUUAAACUCGCCACAGUUUUAUGUGGGACUGCGAACUCGACAUAUAAACUAAAGGAAGAGCCGUGUGAAGCUGCGUGCUGCUUCAUUCUUCUCUUCUUUCCAAGUGUGCAGGCACAACUUGUAGGCAAAAUAUGCCAAAGCUUUUCUACCAUUUGCAUAACCAUUUCUAAGGAACUUUGAGUGUGUGAAUGUAUGUCUCUUUUCCCAGUAUAACAUAAAGUCAAUGUUCCUUCUGCAAGUGAAAAAAUACUUUCAUUUAUACAAUAAUAUUGUGAUGAUGUAUAAAGUAUAUAUUUCAGGUAAGGGGGUAGACCUCAGAGUAAGUUUUGGGAAGUACGCCUGUUCACUGUCAAGAAUAAAAUGAGAAGAUUGACACCACCACUCAGAGAACUGAGCUGCAGCUAAGAGGCAGUUAGCCUAGCUUAGCAUAAAGACUGAAGGCAGGAGUGAAAAAUCCACUUACUAGGGCACCUAAAGCUCACUAAUUAACAUGUUGUGUGUAGUGUGUUUAAUCUAUACACAGUAAUGUUAAAUUUCAGGGGAAUUCACAAGCUCUGUUUGCCAAACAACAGCCAGGAGCAGUACGUUUCUGUUGCAUAGAAGUCCUGGAUGGAUGGGAGAAGUGUUGUCCAUCAAGUCAUAGUUAUAUGGGGUAAUUUGCUCUAAACCCACAAAUUAUAGAUAAAAAAAAAAAAAAGAGAGAUACAGUGUGUUCAGUUAGGAGCUGAAGUGGUGUGGUAGGUGGAGACUGAACUUUGCAGAGAGCCAGGCUCGCUGUUAUAGGGAGACUCUCAGGGGACUGCGAGGCGUAAGGCACGUGAAAGACGGAGGCAGCCUAAGGCAUCGGUGGGCUUCAUUUACAUAGUGCUCUUGCUCGCUGGGCUGCAUUUACUCUGAAACCUUCUACUGUUUUGAAAGCCACAGUUGUUAAUGCUCUCAGCAGCCUUCAUAAAUUACUUUGUCAUUUCUGGAUUGAGAGUAAUCUUAAAUAAGAGGGGUGCCCAUUCACGUACUGGCCAAAGAGCUGAUAACUACGGUGGCCCUGAGAGCUUAACGCACUGCAACCUAAGAAAACACAUGCAAAAAGACAAAACACAAACAAUUUUAUAAAACAUCUUCAUCAAUGUAACAACACGUGUGCUGUAAAUACACACAGCACAAGCAAAUACAGAAACACGCUGCAAGUGGCACAGACUAUAACGGAGGUGUUCACAGGGGACACAAAAAACAUGAAGAACCUGUCUGGUACACACUUGUUCAAUGCUUUGUGACUUUUGAGGUUAAAAUGUUUCUGAAUUUACAUGUGUUUUGUCUAUUUGCAUUCAUUUUCUUAAGCUUCAGGGCGUUGAGCAGAACAUUGUUGUUUAAAUAAGAUGACAACAAACUGAAUGACUUUAAUAAUCAUUUCACAGUAGAGUGUAACCAGAGAAUUAGACGAGCUCUGAUGUAACCAUUUUACAUUUUUUAAUGAAGACUCAUGCCAUUAUCAAAUAUACAGCAAAUGGUGAUUUAUAUUGUACACUGUAGCACUGUAACAACGUAAUAAUACUGUAUCAUUGGUAGUUUGAUGGAGGCCUCAGGUCAGUCGACAGCAUCAGUGGUAUCAACCUUCUCAUCUAUCACCCUCAGAAACAAAGCAGACAAGUGUACUUCCCAAAAUGUAGAGCUAUUUCUUUAAACACUAUACAUUAUGAUUAGAUUAAGAAGCUUCUUUAAAGGGAUAUAAAGUGGCAUCUUCCAAGUUCGCCAAAAUAUAUGAUGAAUUUAAUAGUAUCAAGCCCUGCGCUUUUUUUGCAUGUACCUUUACAGUAUAAGCCUGUUUUUGCCAAAGCCUUGAGCUUGAGCCUUACCGGCUGAUUUGUGCAUGCACAAGCUUUUGGUAAUAGCAUACCUCGAUACUCACCUGAUUACUGACACAGUCCAAAUCAAAGUAUAACUGACAUGUGUGGCUGUUUCUGAGCAGUGAGUUUUGUGAACUUUAAACUGUACAAAAUCCUAUAAUCUGCAGUGUUAUAUGGGCGGCAUGAUAUUUUUAGAUGAUAUGCAGUAUCUUCUGGCAUCUUGUAGGUUGUCUUAAUGCUCUGUUCAAGUAUACGGGCUCGUACCCUUGCUGUAUGAGUGGAAUGAGGUCAGCAGCUGUGUGCGUGAUGCUCUGUUGUGGGUUAAGUGUUGCGUUUUUGUCUGUGCAGCAAAAGGAAGAAGAAAUUGGAAGUGGGACAGGUUUUCAGUUCACCCCAUAACAGAAUUUGCUGCAUUAUUAAAACACUGAAUGUCUCCAUUUGUGGAAAAGAAAGCUCAGUUAUUUCUAAGACUCAUUAAAUGAGACUACACUCCAUCAGAAUCAACAUAGGCUUAAAGUGGAUGUGUAAUUAUAUGUUAAUCAUUUGUAAAUGGAUAAAAACUGAUUUAAUUUAAGUGUAGCUUUUCUCUAAGUUACAAUACUAAUCUACAGUUUUGGCAUUUGUUGAUAUCAGUGAUCAAUCCUAAUUGGACCGUGCUUGCAAACCCUCCCGACAUGUUUCUUUGUGUGUUAAUGUUCUGGAUGCUGUUAGGUGUUUCAAAUAAAAAAAGGCAUUGUGCUAGUGUUUGACCAGCAGCAGCAUGUCUCCUGCUCAAGCGUUUCCCGAUUGAUGGAUGCUCUCGAGGCGUACCAUACUGUAGAUGUCUUACCUCUGUGGAUACAGUUUGAAACUCAGUGCCCUGUUGAGAAAUACAAAACAAGAAGAAGAUGUGAUUUACGCCACUCUUUUCCUCCUUGUGAACCUAUUUUGCAUAAUGUUCUUGUGCUGCAGGAUUUUUACAGGGAGUCGGUGAAAGCCUUGUUACUGUACCAACUGAAACUGCUCUGUGUUUAAAACAUGCUGCUUUAACUGCUUUGAUAAAGAAAUAAAACUCCUUCCAGUAAUUUUA